CCUGCUCGUUUUUUUGCUAUGGUAGUGCCUUUCACCGUUUAUUAUCACCCUCAAAUCGCACGAAAUUGAGCCCAAUUUCUUAACUAUUUUUCCAAAAACAUAAUGUCUUUCACUAAUAGUAGUUUUAGAGCUGCAUURGCUGCCUCAAAGAUUUUGAGUCGGCCAUUAUUUGGUCGUAAUUUAGCURCAAUGCAAGCCGGGCUGAGCACCACAACRGCAAGGGAUGCCAUUAACAACGUCACGGUUUUUGGCGGAGGGUUGAUGGGAGCAGGAAUUGCACAGGUUGCUGCUGUCACCAACCAUCAAGUUACAAUAGUUGACCAAACUAAUGCAAUCCUCAACAAAACUCUUCAAAGUAUUGAGAGAAGUCUGGGGAGAGUCAGCAAGAAAAAGUUCAAAGAUAAUCCAGAGGCUGGUAAGCAGUUUGUCUCUGAUUCCAUUAAUCGAAUCACRAUAUCUCUGGACGCAGCAGAGUCUGUUACCAAUGCUGACUUGGUCAUUGAAGCCAUCAUUGAGAACAUGAAAGUCAAACACAAACUGUUCAAAACACUGGAUGAUGCUGCACCAAGCCAUACAAUCUUUGCAUCUAACACAUCAUCACUGCCCAUUGGUGAGAUAGCUGAGGUAACCAACAGACGAGACAAGUUUGGCGGACUUCACUUCUUCAAUCCUGUUCCAAUGAUGAAGCUUGUUGAGGUUGUUAAGACACCAGAGCUAUCUAACGAAGCAUUUGAGGCAAUGUUUGAGUUCAGUAAGAAAUUGGGAAAGAUUCCUGUCACUUGCAAGGUUGGGAAGAAAAAUACCCAGACGUGCAGAUUUUCAAAACUCCUGAAAUUUUAAAAGAUUUGGUGGCAAGGCAUAAGCUGGGCCGAAAAAGCGGUGAAGGUUUCUAUAAAUAUGAAAAAGAAUAGUAAUCAUAAAAACUAAAAAUCAGAAGGAAAUGAAACGUGUAACAACCUUUCUCAUUCUUGUGCUGCCAACCUCAUUCCCAGGUCACCUCAUGUCGUUGCUGAAAUGCAUCAUGGGAUUGAGGAAGGUGAUUAAUGUGCCAUGCUAUUGUUCUUCGUAAGUGUUUCUCGUGUAUCAAGCUGUUUUACGAACAAAAACCAUUACUUAUUUCCAAGACAAGUCUUUUAAAAUAUUCAAAACAUACUUUAGUGUUUAGCCAUUCUAUUUUAAUGCUUUUCAAAGCAUUUUUGACAACCUACAAAGUUAAUUUUGAAAAGAAACUUUGUUCCUUACAUCGGCCUUAAAAUACUUUCAUCAAUACCAUCAUGCACUUCGUCAAAAAAUGACGCCAUAAGAGGAAAGGACCAAAGAUACACUUUAGAUAGAAUGCAUGGUUGUUAAUAUUCUUGUUACACGUUUCAUUCGCCUUUUGUGACAGAAAAUUGUAACAUUUACUAAUUUGGUUCAAAGAACAAAGCUUGUUUCCACUACUUAUUUACCUAUAACUAUA